AUGAUUGGACUCCAAGUGAAAUGUUACAGCUAUACUAGACUUAAUCCGGAUAUAAUGGAAGAAACCAAAUUCGAAAACAUCCAAAAUUUUGAAUUUAAUAAUUUCAUUGAUUUUAAUUUCAAUGAAUUAGUAACAAAUUCCAAUUUAAAUGAAUUAUUAGUAGAUUCUAAUUUAAAUGAGGUUUUUACUUUAAAUGAAAUAUUAAAAGAUUCAAAAAAAUUGUCAAAUCCUAUUUUUUCUCUCGAAAAUUGUGAUAACAUGAUAUUAUUAAAUUUAUUUAAUCAUUUUUUCGAAAUAUUUAAUAAACAUUAUGCUCCAGUCUAUGUAGUUAAUAUGCUCAAGCAAUAUUUUAAGGACUAUAAUUUAAAUCCUGUAGACAUUUUUCAAAAAUUAAUCAAUCUUCAAUGUAUUUCGUUUUUUACAAGUUUGAUUGGUUACUUUGGACAAUUCGGUAUUGGUACCGAUGUUAAUUAUCAAUUAGCUAUUUCUUCUUACAUACAUGCUUCAAAAUUUAUCCUAAACACUUCGACUUCGACUUCUUGUGAUGUUUUACUUUGUAAUUUGGUUAGAAAUAAUCGUUUCAUAAGUCAAAUUUCUUUAGCUUAUUUAUAUUUUAGUGGCAUUGGCGUUAAAGAGGAUAUUAACUUGGCCUUUUCAUUAUAUAACGAUGCUGCUAUAAAUAAUUUUGGUUUGGCUCAAUUUUUUGUUGGUCAAUGUUUUGAAAAUGGUUAUGGUGAUGAUUAUUAUGAUGAUUAUAAUUAUGAUGAUUAUAAUGAUGAUUAUUAUGAUUAA